AUUGUUAGGCAAAUUCUGAAUUGAGGAAAUGUCCCCCUGCAGGUUCUGUUUUCUCUGUUUUCAGUAGCAGAGUGGGUUGCACUUUGCAGCCUCUUCAUUAUUUUCUUCUUCCAUCCUUCUCUUGGCAGUAUACUCUUCAUUGCUUCCCCAUUUGACUCCAGUCACCCACAUAGUCCCUUCAAGUAUCUUUCUUCUGAUAUGUAAACUUCUCUACAGUUUUUUGCUCAAUAUAUUGUUAUCUUUGAUCAGAUUGUUCAAGUAUAGAACAAAAUCAGUUCUUUAAGUUGGAACUGUACCUCCAUCAGAUUUUGAUAUCUUAGUUUCAAGUUUAUGCUUAAUUUGGAUGGUUUUCCUCAAUUGAAUUAGUUGCCUUCCAACUUAAAUCAUUUUCCAUCCCUUCAGUUCACAGUAUCAGUGGUUCCAUGCUUCCAUUAUUUUCUUUGAUCCUCAGCUCAAUUUAUUGUCAUAUAUUGCAUCCACUGACAUAGUAAAAUUCUGUCCUUUUGCAACCAAAGCAAUGUAUCUUACACAGAAACCAUGUCUGAAGUUGCUACUGCACUUCCCUAUCUUUCUGCUUCACUUUUACAGCAUCUAUUCUUAUCCCACACCCAUGAACUGCACCGACUCAACCCGCGUCUGCACUUCUUUCUUGGCCUUUAAGCCUCAACCAAACCAGACCUUAGCAGUGAUAGAGAGCAUGUUUGAUGUUUUGCCUGGUGACAUCACUGUUGAAGGCAAUGGCUGGGGUUACACAUUCAUCAGAAAAAACUGUUCUUGUGCUGCUGGGAUUAAAAAAUAUGUUUCUAACACCACAUUCACAGUGAAAUCCCAUGGAGGGUUUGUGACUGACAUGGUGAUGGAUGCCUAUGAUGGGCUUGUUUUCUUGCCCAACACGACGACACGCUGGGCAAGAGAAGGUUCUGUGGUGCCUCUGAGCUUGUUCUGUGGCUGCUCCAGUGGACUGUGGAAUUAUUUGGUGAGUUAUGUGAUCAGAGAUGGGGACAGUGUUGAAUCUUUGGCAAGUAGGUUUGGGGUUAGUAUGGAUAGCAUUGAGACAGUGAAUGGCAUCAGCAAUCCUGAUAGUGUCAUUGUUGGCUCUCUUUACUAUAUACCUUUGAAUUCAGUUCCUGGUGAGCCUUAUCACCUGAAGAAUGAUACUUCUCCGGUUCCUGUUCCUUCACCAUCUGUUGAUAAUUUUUCAGCUGAUGAUAUCAACCGUAAAGCUCACGUACCCUAUGGAUUGAUCAUGGGAGGUAUAGGGGUUGGUCUUGCACUAAUAAUUAUAAGCAUGAUACUGUGUGUGUUCCUGAGAUCAUCAAAUUGUUUAGUUGAAGCCAGAAAUCAAGCAAAGGUUGCUGAGGGUAAUAUCUCUCAUAAGCUCCAUAGGAGUCCAAUUUUGUUUUGUGGGCCUGGAAGAUUCAUAUGCUGCAAACCUGUAGACCAAACUGAUGGUGAAUCCAGCAGUGACCAAAUUACUGCUCCUAAACCUUCAACUCUAAUGCCAGAAGUUUUUAACAUGGAUAAGCCAGUAGUUUUUACAUAUGAAGAGAUUUUUUCCUCAACUGAUGGUUUCUCAGAUUCAAAUCUUCUUGGCUACAAAACAUAUGGUUCUGUUUACUAUGGUCUCCUUCGUGACCAGGAAGUUGCCAUUAAGAGAAUAACAGCUACUAAAACCAAAGAAUUUAUGUCAGAGAUGAAAGUUCUGUGCAAGGUCCAUCAUGCUAAUCUGGUAGAAUUCAUCGGCUAUGCGCCUAGUCAUGAUGAGGUUUUCCUUGUUUUUGAAUAUGCUCAGAAAGGUUCACUCAGUAGCCAUUUGCAUGAUCCUCAGAAUAAGGGUCAUUCAUCACUUUCUUGGAUCACAAGGGUUCAAAUUGCACUUGAUGCUGCUAGGGGCCUUGAAUACAUACAUGAGCACACAAAAACUCGUUACGUCCAUCAAGAUAUCAAUACAAGCAACAUUCUUCUUGAUGCUUCCUUCAGAGCCAAGAUAUCAGAUUUUGGGUUAGCAAAACUUGUUAGUGAAACAAUUGAGGGAGGAACCACAACAACCAAAGGUGUUAGUACAUAUGGAUAUCUUGCUCCUGAAUACUUGAGCAAUCGCAUUGCGACGUCCAAAAGUGAUGUCUAUGCAUUUGGUGUUGUUCUUUAUGAGAUUAUUUCAGGGAAGAAAGCCAUUAUUCAAACACAAGGUACACAAGGUCCUGAAAGACGAUCAUUGGCAUCUAUAAUGUUGGAAGUUCUUAGGACCGUACCUGAUUCAUUGAGCACGCCAAGCAUUAGAAACCACGUUGAUCCUAUCAUGAAGGAUCUGUAUUCCCAUGAUUGUGUAUUGCAGAUGGCCAUGCUGGCAAAGCAAUGUGUGGAGGAGGAUCCCAUUUUACGUCCUGAUAUGAAGCAAGUUGUGCUUUCCCUGUCCCAGAUCCAUCUUUCUUCUUUUGAGUGGGAAGCCACUCUAGCUGGGAAAAGCCAGGUUUUCAGUGGGCUUAUUCAGGGAAGAUAGGUUAUGCAGCAAGAUCUCUCUCAUCCACUAUACUCAACAAGAUUCUUUCUCCAUUGUACUAUUCUAGUGGAACGGAAUAUAUAAUGUGAACAUACUUUUAACCAAUUCAUAAGAAGAGUUCAUUCAUUUUUUAUCUUGAAGAGCAACGUGAUAAACAAACACACCCUAAAACUUGAUAUUGGAGUCACUUACAAUUCAGAAGAG